AGAUCAAUUUCACAAUGGCUCGUGCAGCGUCAGUAACGCGAUGACCUCCCCGGGCAGAUGUACAAGUGGUGCAGCCUAACCUCCCUGAGUUGAUACUGCUGGGCCUGCCGCACAUGCUGCUGACAUUCCCGUGAAGUAAAUACUAGGCAAACAGAAGGGGACCAUCACUUGAUCAGUGCUGCUCCCAAAUCGUGAUAAAUUGUUUUGGGUGAUACCAGAGCAUAUUGGCCAUGCUGGAUCGCAAGCCACAAACAAUGGACAUGCUUCUAUUUUUAUUUACAUUGACAGUGAAAAUAGUACAAAGGAGGUGGCUCUAUAGGGUUCUGCAAUGUUUUCAAAUCUUGCUCAUUUCUGUUUUGAAAGUUUGAUAUUCUAAAAUGUGUUCAACAAUAAGCUACACUUGUGUUUCAUUUGCUGUUCAGUAUAUUAUGCAUCAACGCCUGAGAAUAGUUUUACUGUCCCAUAGUGUCAAGAAUGGUAUUUCAUGCUCUAGUGAUGUUUUCUGUGAGAAAUAACAUUCGAACAAGUAGAAAAUGUAAGUCAACAGAGAAAGGCCUUAAAGUUACAUGUAUACAGUAGACUGUUUCUUUUUACAGGCUCUGAUAAGUUCAGCAAAGAUGUUGAAAGGAUGACGGGUCGUCGUCCUCCACUUGUCCUGAGACUUGUGUCGUCUUAUGUUACGCCCGUCAUUCUCUGUGCUGCCCUCAUCCUGUCCCUGUUUAAGUAUGAUCCACCCAGCUAUGGGGAAUACAUGUACCCGGAAUAUGCUAAAAUAAUAGGAAUUCUACUGGCAGUGGGGAUUUCUGUGCCAAUCCCGCUCAUGUUCAUCUACCAGACACUCAAACGGAAGGGAGGUUUACGACAGCGCAUGCGCCUCGCCAGCAAACCGACAUCAGAAUGGAGUCCCCUGAUUGUGGAGGAUCGCUGUAAGGAACAGGCAGAUGGACAGUCAGGGAACACAAGCAUUGGACUGAUGUCCCAGACGGAUGCCGUGGCAGACACUGAUGAUCAUGACCUAACUAGAUAUAUGUAAAGAUCAUAGUAUUAUUUCAAAAUACCUACACUGAUUAUGUUAGCUUCCGCGGAGACACGAUCAUGGCAGUAUAUGUUUCAGUCAUUGAUGAUGAUUGUGGUUUCAAACCAUUGACUGACCAAUUACAAUCGAGGUGGGUUUUUUUUCAAAUUGCAUGGUGGUGUCAUUGUAACACACAAUUGCAUGAAAUGCCUUCAGAUUCGAAAGCUCGACGUCAGAUAUCAGCAGAAUGAUUUGGAUCUACCAGUAUAUAUACCAGUCUUUUCAACGUUCGACUGGUCAUAAUUACCAGAAGAGACAGGCCAUAACUGUUUAGAUGAUUCUGAUAAUGUACACAGUCUACAUGACACAGUAUCACCCACUCAACAAUAUUUCCACAACAAGUCCCUUUCAGUUGAACAUUUACAAGUGCACAAA